AUGUCAUUAGUUUUACGAUUUGUUGAUAGUGAUUUCAAUAUCAGAGAAGACUUUAUUCAAUUUAUUUAUUGUAGUGAAGGAGUUAAAGGAAAAGAUUUGUUUAAUGUUCUUUUAAAUUGUGUAAGCAACUUAAAUCUAGAUAUAAAAAACUGUAGGGGUCAGGGAUAUGAUGGAGCCAGUUCUGUCUCUGGGUAUAUAAAUGGUCUUUCUGCUCAGGUUCUCAAUAUAAAUUCAAAGGCUUUGUAUACACAUUGUCAUAGCCAUCGACUGAACUUAUCAUUUUGUGAAUCGUUUGUGACAACACGUGUCUUUGAUUUUACUUUACCUGUUACUCGGUUACUGCAAUCAAAAACUAUUGAUAUCUUAGACGGUUUGCACCUUAUUACAGCUCUUAAAAAUACAUUUAUUUCCAUCAGAAACGAUAUAGAUAGUUUUCAUAAUAACUGCUAUAAAGCAGCAUGUUUGCUUUCAAAGUCUGUUUCAGAUUACUUCAAAAGAGCUGUUACUAUCCCUCUUAUAGAUCAUGUAUCUACAUCUAUAUCUACAAGAUUUAAAUCAGAAACUGUAACUGCAUAUAAAGGGUUAUCAAUUAUUCCAUUUAAUAUUAUUUCUUUUCUUAAAAGACCCAAAACCCAAUUGUGUUGGAGGAAGCAGUUUGAAACAUUCUGUGAUUUUUAUAUAGAUGAUUUCCCUAAUAUCAGUGCCUUGAAUGGGGAACUAGUUCUUUGGGAAAAAUACUGGGAAAGUUUCUCUGGGACUAUUCCUGACAAUAUAUCUUUAACUCUUAAAUCGAUAUCAUUUCCUGGAUUUGAAAAUGUUAAGAUAGCUUUAAGGAUAUUUGGGACACUUCCUGUUACUUCAUGUGAGUGUGAGAGGAGUUUUUCUGUUAUGCGUCGGUAA